AAGCUUCACCAUCUAAGGGGUAAGAAAACAGUGUGUACUAAUAGCAGCCAUUUUCUUUGGUUUAAUUCUGGAGGUUAAUCUGUCAAAAAAUGGCCAGUGCCUCAUCCACCACAUUUACUAAUGGAAUUUCUCCAGGAUCUCGUAAACAUGGCUUCAGUCGUCUCUCUCUUGGUCGCAUUUUCACCAGUGCCUCUUUUGGUCGUCGUGGAAAUGGGCGGCAUCGACCUGUUCCAGCAGAAACUGAUAACUGUUCAGAAAUUAGUGUUGUGGGUGGUAACCCAGUCAAUAGAAAAUCACAAGAUCCAACAAGUGUUAAAGAAUUCUUCAAGCAUUCAGCAGUGAGUCAGUUUUCAGACUCAGAGUCAAAUUCUUUGUCUAGUGCACGCAGCGAGGCACUUGCCGAUUCUUCCCAGAAUGGAGGGAUGGACCAGCUAGAAUGCCCCUUUUGUCUGCUUGAACUACCAGUUCAGUGCUUCCCUGAGUUAAGCUCAUGCUCACAUCGUGCCUGCUUUAACUGCUUACAGACUUAUUUCAAAAUUGAAAUUUUUGAAAGCAGGGUGAACAUCUCAUGUCCAGAGUGUACUGAGCCUCUUCAUCCAAACGACAUUAGAAUGAUCUUGAAUGAUGAAUCUGUUAUUGGUAAAUAUGAAGAUUUCACAAUUCGACGUGUAUUAAUGACAGAACCAGAUGCCAGGUGGUGCCCAGCCCCUGAUUGUGGUUACGUUGUGAUAGCAACUGGUUGUGCAAGCUGCCCCAAGCUAAAAUGCAAACGACCUGGAUGUGAUACAUAUUUUUGUUACCAUUGUAAGCAGGAGUGGCAUCCCAAUCAGACGUGUGAUGCUGCCCGAGCUCAGAGGGCUCGCCAUUCUCCUCACCCACGUUCAGCAUCAGUGUCUUUCAGUCAGGACUCAAUCAUACAGAGAGAAGACAUUAAGUUGUGUCCAUGUUGCAAGGUAUUGAUUGUUAAAAUGGAUGAUGGCUCAUGUAAUCAUAUGACAUGCAGUGUUUGUGGUACAGAGUUUUGUUGGCUGUGUAUGAAUGAGAUCACAGACCUGCACUACCUGAGCCCAUCAGGCUGUACAUUUUGGGGAAAAAAGCCAUGGAGUCGAAAGAAGAAGAUCAUCUGGCAGUUAGGUAUGCUAGUGGGUGCACCUGUUGGAAUUGCUUUGAUUGCUGUUAUUGCUGUUCCCGCCAUCAUUAUUGGUAUUCCUGUGUGGGUGGGGAGGAAGCUCUAUCGAUACCACACAAGCAAAAAGAGUGGCAAACACAUGAGAAAACUUGCUGUCUUCAGUGGAGUAAUGGCUUCAAUCCUGGUGUCUCCUGUAUUAGCAGGGAUUGCUGUUGGCAUUGGAGUACCCAUCUUACUAGCUUAUGUUUAUGGAGUAGUCCCUAUUUCUCUGUGUCGUUCUGGAGGCUGUGGAGUGACCACUUCAGGAUCUGGAGUGAGAUUUGAAUUUGAUGAAGAUAAUGACAUUUGUGUUGCAACAGAUGGCAUGAGUGUGGACACAGCAAUGAGCCAAAGAGGAGUCAACCCCAGUAUUGGAGAAGUUUCUUUUGGCAUGUCCACCAGUAUUAGUAUGGGCAGCGGUAGCCAUCUGGAGAGGGUAGAUUUGAUUCGAGAGAGUGACGGGGAGAGUGCCAGUAAUACUGCUCUAGCUGGCAGUAUAGCAAGUGCCACCUUAGCAACAAAUGCAUCCCAAAAAUUAGAAGUUCAAGCUGACAUUUCCUCCAACAAUAGGCUUAGUUUAAGCAGUCACAGUGAGACAGCCUCAGCUACAGUAAGUCUUAGUGAACGAUCUGCUAACCUGUCUAUUGCUGAUGAUGCUAGUAUGAAAGCACUUGCUGGAUCUCUUCUUGGCCACAGAGAUACAGUGGAAGUUCAUGUUGAUGCUCAGAGUAUGGGUGAAGAUACUCCUCAUCCUCAAGGGAUACUGAAAACUGGGGAAGAUGGUUAUGAUAACACAGCCUCUGAAACAAAUGAUGGUGUUUCUAUAAAAACUGAAGACUCUUGUAAUUCUUGUUGUUGCAGUGAGGAUGGGGCUUCCCACAGUAGUUACAGGAGCAGUGGAGGACACAAAUCUCGGUGGUGGAAGGCAUCUGGUCGGCGGCAGCAAGGGGGAAUAAGUUGUACUAUUGUAUCUUCCAGUAUCCCAGAAAGCCAGUCUGAACCACAGAAAUCUUUCAAAGAAUGUAGUGUAACUUUCAUUGAUGAAAAUCGUAGCAUAGGUAAGGGGCCAGGAAUAGGAAAACGUGUUGAUGAGGGGAAAGGUGUAAAGCCAAAAUCUUCAGUUUCAUCCAGAGGUUAUAGUGUUGAUAGCUCUCUUGGGGAAACUGACCAGAUGUGCUUUAGUGAAUUGAAGAAACUAACUACAACAUGGAGUGAUCACCACCCUAGAGCUAGACAAACUUCAAGAUCAGGUUUCUCCAGCAGAAAGAAUUCCCAGUCUGUUCCAGAAACUCACCUUCUUGAUUGUAUAGAAACUCAAUGUGCCAAAUCAGUCAGAACAAAGUCUUGUAAUUUUGAACAGGAAGGAUUAGUUCAGUGUGAAGGUGGGUCUGCUAUAUUCAUUCGCAAAAUAUAUGACAACUUGAAUGACAAAAUGUCUAGAGAAUUUCCACAAAAUUCCAAUGGUAGAUCUAUUUCAGUCCUUCCUCAUAUUGAGGAGCCAGAGUAUAACAGCUGGAAAAACUGUCCAACUCGACCACGUAGUGCCCCUUAUUCAUUGCUUUGGCAAAAUGAUUCUCCAGUAAAUGAUGAUGGUGGUAAUCUUACUAAGUGUUCAGACACGUAAAUAAGAGGUAAUGUUAUUAAUGUAGAUUGUUUUUGUAAAGGAGUAAUGAAUUCAUAACUUAAUUAAUUUUUUUACUUUUCAAAAGAAAAUUAGAAAAUAAAUGUUAAAAGAUUAGUAAAGUAAGCACUUUAAGUAUACAUCCUCAGAAGUGAAAAACAUAGAUAAGUAUUGGAACUCAAGUACCAUUAUAUGUUAAGGAUCUUAUAAGUAUUCUCAGAAACUGUAUGUAACUUAGUUAGUUAUACUGUUUUCGAUGCAUUCUUGUGUAUAUUUCAUAGCCAAUUGUGUUUUGGGACAUCAUAAAUUAAAAAAUGUUAUUAGUAUUCUCAGAAAAAAUGUAGCAAGAAACUCUUUAUAUAACAUAGUUAGUUUCACUGUCUUCAAUGCAGUUUUGUGUAUAUUUAAUAGUAAAUUAUGUUUGGGGGCAACUGGCAGAAUUUUUCUUGGAGGCCUUUAUGAAACUGUGUAAUUUAAUUCAGGUAUUCGUAAUAUUGUUUGGUACAAUUCUUCUUGCUUUUAUUGCUCAUAAAAAAAAAGAAGCAAACAAAUUUCCUAGUCCAAGCAACAAAUUUAUAAACAUGUAUACUGUCUUUUUUUUUAAAUAAAGAUUAAAUUUGUUAAAUCUUCAGAUAUUGAGAGAAAAACUGAGUUUGUUUGUUUGUUGACGUAUUUUUAAUGUUUCUUAUUUCAAGAUGGGGUAGUUUUGUACAAAUGUUACUAGCUGUGACUGAAAGAUUACUAAUGAACAGCUCCUUAAUAGUUAUGACUAAGAAUAUUAAGGAGAAUGAGAUUGAAUCAAGUGAUUUACAGAAUACAACAUUUUCUAAUCUUUAAUUGCUUAAGGAGUACAAAUUAAAUGUGAAGUGUGGUUUGGUCCAUGAUGCUGCAGGUACUAAAAAUUGUACUCAAAGUAGCCAUCAGAAAAUGUAAUUUACUAAGUUUUAUAUAUGUUAAGUCAAGUUCUGGCUACUAAUGUACCAUGUAAUGUUCCCAGACAAAUAUUUGAACAUUUUACAACAAGCUUUCAGUGCUAUGCUCAAGGUUACAGCUAAACUAUGUGAAUGUAACUGAUAUGUACCUUUUUCUUAUUGUAGCAAACAUAGAAUUUAUAUGAAGUGUUUAUAAAAACUUUUGACAGUACUGGUGAUAGUAAAACUGUAGUGUUAAUACGAUGUUCCUGUACCACCAGGUGGUUGGAUUUUGAUAUAAAAUAGAAAUGAUUUUCCAUUGUGUUUUGUUUUUUUAAAUAUUCUAAAUUAACAGAUUAUAGUUUUCUCUUUGUUUUUACCAUAUGAUUCAGAUUUUUUGAAAGAGAAUCAAACUAGUUUUGAACUUUUUGAAGAGUUCUGAGCUAGCAUUAAUUGGAUGUACUGUCAGAAUCAAUUAGGAAGUGUUGUAAACUUUAUGAAGUGUAUAGUAAUGUAACAAGGAUUCACCACUUUUGUCAUGGUUUAACAUUGCAGUGAAUAUGAGAAUAAAAUAUUAGAUAACCUAAGCUUACAGUAUUAUUUAAUACUGGGACAACGUUAUAUGUGUAUGUUUUUGAUUGUGAUAUUUAGUCAAUUUAAUGUUCAUUGUUUGUUGUACUGUGUACAUAUAUAAUGUAUCAAAACUUAAAUCAAGGAAGUUUAGAAAUUAGAUUUUAAAGCGAUGGCAUGAACACGAACUUAGUCAUUGUUUAUUCUAUCUCUCUUUUUUUUUGUUACUUCUUUUCCUGGUUCAAUGUUGUAAUUCUGUCUUUCUUCUUGGCAGUGGUAUUACAACAAGAUGGUAUUACUUUCAUGAUGGUGACAAACUUUUUGUAUGUCUAACAUUUAUUAUAAUGUAGUGGUGUACAUGUAAUACAUUUUUGGUAAAUAUUAUGUCAUCCAAAUAUGUAUGCCUAAUGUUGGAUAACUUAUCAAUACUUGCACUUUAUUAUUAUAGGUUGGGUAAAAUAUUUGUCAUCCCAACUUAAUUUGUUUAAUACCAUAUCAUUAUGCACAAAUUAUUAUUCUGGGUUAAUCAUGGUAGACUUUACCUGAUGCUAUAUUAUUUUGUGCACAUUAUUGUUAUGGGUAAAGGCAUGUUAUCAUCUCAAUUUACCUGUUUAUUGAUGGAUAUAAUGGCAUCCCAGUAUUCUCAGCUAGAUGUUGGACAUUUUACAUCAUCAUAACCACCUUAUUAUGCUGGAUAGGAUGAGGUGUCGUUUAAACUUGUCCUGCAUUUUGCACUUGUGGUCAUGCACAGGAUAAGAAAUGUUGCCAUCCCAGCUUACUGUGCUUUACGUUUUGUAAUAUAUCAUCAUGUACUCAUUAUAAUUUUUUGAUAGGACGUCAUUUCAGUUUGUCCCUUUUGACUUUUGUCUCAAUUAAUACUGCGCCUGUCAUAUCCCAGCUGGCUUGAUGAGCCCUGGUAUUGGGCAGAAGGCCUUGUCAGUGCUGCAACUUGCAGAUAUAGUAUGGUUGACCUAUUGUUAUACAUUCUUUACUUUUCACUCUCAAGUUCUUAGAAUUUGAUAUUUUUCCUAUUUACAUUAUUAUUAUGACUAAGAUAAGAUAAGUUCUCAUCCUAAGUUACUGUACUUGAUAUUUAAUAAUACAUCAUAACAUGCUCAGUAUUUUUCAUAUGAAAAAUUGCCAUUCCAGGCAGUAGCAUCAAGGUAGGGUGUGAAUCACCUCUUAAUGAAAUUAGCCAUUUGGUAAAAUUCAUCUUCCAGAAAGUCCUUGGGUAAAAUUUAAGUUUAGGUUUUUAAAAAAUAUAAAAUGAAACAAACUUAAUUUUUCUAAAUGGUGAAGCAUGUGAUUUACAUAGUUUACCAUAUGCAAACACAUCACAUUGCAUUAUUAUCUUCCAUGCUUUUAGACUUCAAAUUCUAGCGAAUGGUGCAACAUUUGCUUUAGCAAAUGCAAAACCAUUUGGUAACACAAAGUUUCACGUUGGAUUGUUAUUUAUUAUUUCUAUGUCUUUCAUUCAUUCCAUAGCUGAAGUUUCAUUGAAAGGCUCAUGUUAUUUGCAGAUGAGGAUUCUGAAAAUCCGACAAGAAUAAAGAAGGAAUCUUUAACUUUUACUGAAUAAUAAUGAGUUUGACUUUAACAAAUGCAAAACUGUUUGGUAAAAACAAACUUUGUACUUAUGGUAUUCUCAGAUUCACUGAUUUCCUCUCAAAUUAAAUAGGUAGGAAGCCACAAAAUAACUAGAGGUUCGAUGGAAACUGUAUCUAACUGAGUCUGACACAAAGAGACUGAAUACAAAAUUGUAUAAAGCAACAACCUUUAUUUAAACACAAAUCAAGUUAACAAUUAAACAACGGGCAAGUGUUUAAAGUACUUCAUAUGGUGAAAACUGAAAAAAACAAUUCAGUUUCACAGUUAAGAAAGUCAAAAUACCUGUUCUGAAUCUCAAAUUUCUAAGUGUGUAAGAAUAUCUUUUAAACAAAGAAUACGUUUAAAAGCUCAAAGUUCACAAAUCUGUAUAAGCUGAAAAUCUAUCUAAAACAAUGAAAACAGACAUAUAUGCAGUACACUUUCUUCUUUCCAGACACGUAUUAUCCCAUAUGACUGAGAGCCACCUCAAGUCAACAAGGGAUGUCAAGCCUUUAACAUAUAAAAUACUAUUUUGGGACAACAUGGGAUCUCACUUAAAUUUACUGCCUCUAUGACAUCUGAAGGU